CACAUUCGGCCUAUAAAAAGCAUCAGUAUUCACUUUUCAUUCGGACAGACGACAUCAAAAUUUUUUCUCCAGCUCCCAUUUAUUGCUUAACUAAAUUCUUUGAUUCAACAUGUGCGGACCCUGUGGCUGUGGACCCUGUGGACCUUGCGGUCCCUGCUGUGGACCUUGCGGUCCUUGCUGUGGACCCUGCGGGCCUUGCGGACCUUGCUGUGGCCCAUGCGGACCAUGUUGUGGGCCUUGUGGACCCUGCUGCGGACCGUGUGGCCCCCGUUGUGGACCCUGCCGACCUUGCUGUGCACCUGCAUGCGGUCCUAUGGAACCCCGCAAUGGACUUCAGAAGUGUUCGCCUUAUGGUUUGGCCACUGGAGGCUUUUGCUGUUGACAUAUCGCUGCAAAAGUCGAAUUUAUGGGUUAAAUUUCACACCAGUGAACUAAAAAGAACAUAAGGGACUUUAGUGUUACAAUAAAUCAGUAUCAUUUCAGUCCAUAAAAAAA